AUGGCUCCGCCUGGCACGCUGAUCCAUUACUGGGCUGAUAGCGCGCUAUACUGGACCUUUUCAAUCGUGACGAUCCGUUAUUUUUGGAUGAAUGCUCGCGGCUUCCAGGUGGCAAACGUUCUUCACUUCGGUCUUCCCCAAGGAUAUACCACGAGAUACCUUCAACGGUCUGGGGCUGUUCUCGCAGUCAUUCUGCAUACACACCAUCUCUGCCCGUCUACGCCCCAAGUAUCUUCUUCCCCCCUGCCAGAUGUGGUUACCUAUCCUCGGAACCAGAAUCCAGUAGCCACAAGAAGCGCAGGAUAUGUGUCACUUCAAUGUCUCAGCCGCAUUCUCGACGAUAGGUGUUCAUGCAGCUAUGACUUUCCAGAUGCAUUUCAAGAACCAUCAAUGUUCCCACCUAGAGUCAUUGAGCAUUCCAAAUUAACAACUUCAGGAUAUGACUCAGCUCCGGCGAGCGCUUGUAUCGAUCAGCGCGCGGAGAAUUGGCUUCUCAUGAAGACCCCGGGCUCGAUUCCAACCCGGUUUUCUACACCUCCGUCCUUCAUGGAGCUCUCGAGCCAAGCCAUAUUUGUUCCAUCGAUGACGGCCUCUAGAACUGGGCUUAUAAAUUCGCCGCACGAAGAGAACGGCAGACUCGUCUCCCGCAUCUAG